AUGGGAGCAAACGAUGAUUUCGUAAUGACUAUCGACGAUGAUGAGGAUAUCGUCAUUGAGGAGGAAGCCAUGGACAUAUCAGAGCCCGAGGAAGAGCAAAAGAAGGAGCCCAUUGACAAAAAGACUGCAAAGAAGCUGAGAAAGCAGGCUAACAGAGACCAAAAGAAGGGUAUCAAGCCAGCUGCCGUGGAAGAACAAAAGAAAAAGCAAGCUGCUAAAAAGAAGGAAGAUGAUUUUGAUGAAGAGUUCACUUUCUCCAUGGAUGGCGGAUUUGGACGUGCUCAAAAUGCCUGGGAUUUCUCAGCUGCUCGUGGCAUGUUGAAGGGAAAGCAGGGUGAUGCUGAUAGAACUUCGAUUGACGAUAUCAUUGCCAAGAAGAGACAGGAAGCCAAAGAAUUGAAAAAGAUGGCCAAAAAGGGAAAGAAAGAGCCAGCUGCCGAGGAAGUAAAGCAAGACGAGGACAGCAAUGAGGAUGAGGAUGACGAAUUUGUUGGUGCUGACCAGGACGACGAUGAAGAGGAGAACGAUGAAGACUUAGCGCUCGAUGGCUUUGGUGCAGGUGCAGAGAGAAUCGAACAAGAGGAAGAUGAUGAUGAUGAGGACAGUUCUGACAGCGAGACAGAAGAAGAACUCACUGAUGACGAAACUGAGGAUGUGCAAGCCAACAGCGACAAUGAAGCAGUAGAAGAUGAAGCCGAGAUUCAGCGUAAGAAGGCAUACUUUGCUGAUGAAUCAGAAGAAAUCAGAAAAGAACAUGAUUCAUUUGCCUCUAUGAACCUUUCUCGUCCUAUUCUCAAGGGUUUAUCCAACGUCGGUUUUGUUAAGCCUACUGAUAUUCAAGCUCGUACGAUUCCUAUUGCUUUGAUGGGUAAAGAUAUCUGUGGUGGUGCCGUUACUGGUUCUGGUAAAACUGCUGCUUUCAUUGUCCCCAUAUUGGAGCGUCUCUUGUACAGACCUCGUCAAACACCUAGCACCCGUGUGUUGAUUCUCUGUCCCACUCGUGAAUUGGCUGCUCAGGUCCACAGUGUUGCUGUCAAAUUAGCCAACCAUACCGACAUCACUUUUUGUCUCUGUGUGGGUGGUUUGAGUGUGAAAACUCAGGAACAAGAGCUAAAAUUGAAGCCUGAUGUCGUAGUUGCUACACCUGGUCGUUUAAUUGAUCAUGUUCGUAAUUCGUCUGGUUUCCAUUUGGAUGCUUGUGAAAUUUUGGUCAUGGAUGAGGCUGAUCGUAUGCUGGAAGAUGGUUUUGCUGAUGAGUUGGGUGAAAUUAUCAAGGCUUGUCCUCGCUCUCGCCAAACCAUGCUUUUCUCUGCCACCAUGACAGACAAUGUGGAUCAGUUGGUGCGCAUGUCUUUGAACAAUCCUGUUCGUUUGUUUGUGGAUCCCAGUAACCAAGCUGCUUCUCGUCUUAUUCAAGAAUUCGUGCGUAUUCGUCAAACCCGUGAAUCCGACCGUGCUGCUGUGUUGUUGGCUUUAUGUAGAAAAACAUUCAAAAAGAAGGUGAUUGUGUUCUUUAGAUCCAAAGCUGCUGCACAUCAAAUGAAGAUUAUGUUUGGUUUGAUGGGUCUGUCUGCUGCUGAGCUCCAUGGUAACCUGACACAAGAACAACGUCUGGAGGCAUUGGAGAGAUUCAGAGACAAUGAAGUGGAUUAUUUAUUGGCUACUGAUUUAGCUGCCAGAGGUCUUGAUAUCAAGGGUAUCGAAACUGUCAUCAAUUACAACAUGCCUACACAAUUUGCUCAAUAUCUUCAUCGUGUGGGUCGUACCGCAAGAGCUGGUCGCAAUGGUCGUUCCGUUACAUUGGUGGGUGAAGCUGAUCGUAAAAUGCUCAAGAUGGCCAUCAAGUCAUCUGUUGGCGCACAAGUCAAGAACCGUGUGGUGAAUCAUGAAUUGGUGCAAAGAUACAAGCAAAAGGUCGAAAGCUUAGGGCCUCAAAUCAAGGAAGUAUUGGCAGAGGAGAAGGAAGAGCGUGCUAUCAGAAAUGCGGAAAUGCAAUUGAAGAAGAGUGAAAAUAUGCUCCAUCAUGGUGCUGAAAUCUAUGCUAGACCUGCCAGAACUUGGUUCCAAACAGAGUCUGAAAAGAAAUCAAAUAAGAAUGCUGGUAGAGCAGAACAUCGUGCCAAGUUCGGUCUUGAAGAUGCGGAAGCAAGCGUGGAUACCAAACCUAAAGAGAAACGUGGUAAAUACGAUGGUAUGAGUCGUCAAAAGAGAAGACGUUUACAAGCAAUGGAAGAAGAUGAUGUGGAACAAGACGGCCGUAUGCAAAAAGCAGCAGCUAGAGCCGCAAAGAAAUCAUCACGACCAGCUCCCAUUACCAAAUUGAGACCACAGAAAUCCAAUGGCAAGAAAAAGUCAAAGAAAUAG